AAAUCAACAGGAAGACCUUCUGAUGCUACUCGACAUUAUCGUAUCCAUACCAAUGAUAGACGUUUUGUAUGUGAUUUUCCUUUUUGUGGCAAACGUUUUAUACAGAGAUCAGCUCUAACAGUACAUUUACGAACACAUUCAGGUGAACGACCUCAUCAAUGUGAAUUUAUUGGUUGUUCCAAAAGUUUUAGUGACUCCAGUUCCUUGGCAAGACAUAGGCAAGCCAAAAAAAAAAAAAUGGAACGAACUCAUACAGGCAAUCGACCAUAUCGAUGUAGAAAAUGUAACAAGACAUAUACAAAGAAAUAUUUAUUAGUUUGCCAUACACGACGACGACAACACUGUGACACUCCCCUACAGGAACAAGAACGACAACCAGUGUUGGAUUCUGCAACACCAACAGAGGAGCCCGUGUAUUACCAUCGAGGGACAACGAACAUUCUUCAAUCUACAUAUCAGCAUAGUAAACCCUAUUCUACUUCCGUGUCACCUUCCUCCACAACAUUGAUUACCACUGCGUCAAUGAUAUCAUUACCUUCCUUGUCUUCAGCAUCAUCUUCGUAG